CGGAAAUCAACCAAUGGUCACGAGGACAGUCAAUUUUGGUGGCUUCGUUUGGGCGGAAUGACCAACCACCUCUCCACAAAACGUCGUCUCCUUCGGCACCUGCGGGCUGUGCAAAGCAAUGCCCCAUCGGUUCCGUGUUGACAACACAACUUACAACAACAUCGUCGUCUUUAAUACGUAUUUUUUCUCUUUCCGCGUAAUCCCUCUACGACGCAUUAUUCGAUGGUUUGUAAUGCAGAAUAUACAAACUGGAGGAGCCUGGGUACUAAUCGUGGCCGGGUUGUGUUUCGUAUUUCUGUUUACAAGAGGAUGUGUCAUUGCGUCACUUGGGGAAUUUUUGGCACGGAUGACGGCGGUUGGUGACAGUCGGCCUCCCAGCCGUACUGUCCCACACCUACGCCGCUUUUAGACCUAAUGAUUAUGAAUUUCGAUACCCUUAAAAAAUGCAUAUUUCUAACUGUAC